UUGAGAUGAAAGAGUGCUGGGAGCUGGAAUGUGCCUACUACGCUACUCAGAGAUUUAGGAUGAUUUUGCAAACAGCAAAGCAAAAACAAUUUCAUCAUUUUGGGAAGCUCAGUGUGCUUCAGAUUUGGGCUGCUUUAUGACUAUGACCUCAUGUGUGCAGUGCCUCAGACCCCCCCAGGCACUGGGGAGAGCUGUAUAAAAGGAGCCCUGUGCAGUUCAGUUCCAAUCCUCCUGAAGAUUCUCCUCCUUAUCAGAAUCACCUCUCUGCCGAGCCAUGUCCUGCUACGACCUGUGCCCCACCACCAGCAGCAUCGCCUGCCCACAACCCAUUGCCAACAGCUGCAAUGAUGCCUGCGUCCGACAAUGCCCCGAUUCAACAGCGCUCAUCCAGCCACCGCCCGUCGUCGUCACCUUCCCCGGCCCCAUCCUCAGCUCCUUCCCCCAGCAAGCCGUGGUGGGCUCCUCUGGAGCACCUGCUUUUGGGGGCUCCCUGGGGCUGGGGGGCCUCUACGGCUCCAGGAGCUCUUAUGGCAUCGGGAGCUCCUUAGGGUACGGAGCACAGUAUGGCUACGGGAGCUCAGCCCUCUCCACGCUCGGCGGUGGGUUCUGCAGCCCCUUCUCUUCUCGUCGCUACAGCAGGAUCCUGCGGGGCAGCUGUGGGCCCUGCUAAGGGCAGAAGGGCAGGGGAAUCUCGCAUGAAGGCCCAAGCAGAGCAAUGAGGACGGGGCUUGGUGCACCAGCAGCCCGGUUUCGACUUAGCAUUUCUGGUCUUUCAUCUGUUUUUGGUUUUCCCUUCAGUUUCUGGGUCGAUGUUCACUGUUAUCACCUGUUCCAGCUGUCCCAGUUUUGUGGGUAGCACAUGCAACGUAAGCAUCACUCCUAAUGGCAUCUUCACCAGGAGCUGCACAGCUGCUGAGAACAAAACCAGCUGAGGACAGCAGUCUCUCAUCUCUAUGCAGGACAUUUGUUGAACAUUCUCUGGAACUGUUUGGAAGCAGUUGU